GGCUCGGGCAGGCAGGCGGGCCGGGAGGCAGGCGGACAGCCCGGGCCAUGAAGGUGAAGAAGGGCGGCGGCGGCGGGGCCGGGCCGGCGGUGGAGCCCGUCCCCGGGUCCUCGGGCCCCAGCUUGGAGCCCAGGCCCGCGCUGCCGCUGCAGGCGGACUCCGACUCCGACUCCGGGUCCGAGCCCGAGGCAGGCCCGGAGUGCAGCAGGUCGGGGCCUCCGCGAAGGAAGCCGCCCAUCGGGCCGCAGGACGUGCUGGGGCUGCAGCGGAUCACAGGCGACUACCUGUGCUCCCCGGAGGAGAACAUCUACAAAAUUGACUUCAUCAGGUUCAAGAUUCGGGACAUGGACACCGGCACUGUCCUCUUUGAAAUUAAGAAGCCCCCAGCCUCAGAGCGGUUUCCCACCAACCUGAGGGACCUGGACCCUAAUGCUGGGCGCUUUGUCCGCUAUCAAUUCACCCCUGCCUUCCUCCGCCUGAGGCAGGUGGGAGCCACGGUGGAGUUCACAGUGGGGGACAAGCCCGUCAACAACUUCCGCAUGAUUGAGAGGCACUACUUCCGCAACCGGCUGCUCAAGAGCUUCGACUUCCACUUUGGCUUCUGCAUCCCCAGCAGCAAGAACACAUGCGAGCAUAUCUACGACUUCCCCCCUCUUUCCGAGGAGCUGAUCAAUGAGAUGAUCCGUCACCCAUAUGAAACCCAGUCAGACAGCUUCUACUUCGUGGAUGACCGGCUGGUGAUGCAUAACAAAGCGGACUAUUCCUACAGUGGGACACCCUGAUCUGCCCCCCCCUCCCACUGCCCCCUACCCCAGAAGCAUCCUGGGGUGCUUUCAAUCAGAACCUCCCCAGUACACUUGACUCCAUUCCAGAUUUCUGCCUGGGGAGCAUACCCUGAACUUGAAGUCAGCACUGGGAGAGAGGCUGCCUGGUCUCCUCAGUUCAAGUCCAUGAAGGCUAUGGGGGCCUGGCAUUUGGG